GCCGGGGGGCGUGUUCACUGCGUCUCUGAGAGGAAGAGGCACCGAGAGACGAAGCUAAAAAACCCGCAUUCGAGACAAGAUGGCAGGAUUGCCCCGCAGGAUCAUCAAGGAAACCCAACGUUUGUUGGCAGAGCCAGUGCCAGGCAUAAAAGCAGAGCCGGAUGAGGGGAAUGCUCGCUACUUUCAUGUGGUCAUCGCUGGACCUCAGGACUCCCCCUUUGAGGGAGGGACUUUUAAACUUGAACUCUUUCUUCCUGAAGAAUACCCCAUGGCAGCUCCUAAAGUACGCUUCAUGACCAAAAUAUAUCACCCCAACGUAGACAAACUGGGAAGAAUAUGUCUAGACAUUUUGAAAGAUAAGUGGUCCCCAGCCUUGCAGAUCCGCACAGUCCUGCUAUCAAUCCAGGCAUUACUAAGUGCUCCUAACCCUGAUGAUCCUCUAGCAAACGAUGUUGCAGAGCAGUGGAAGACCAACGAAGCUCAAGCCAUAGAAACAGCCCGGACAUGGACCAGGCUUUACGCCGGGAACAAUAUUGAAGUCUAGAGAAAGAGGGGAGGAAGAGGAAAAAGAAAAAGUGGAAGUCAUAUGUGAACACAACUCCUCAUGUUCUGCCAAGACCUGUUCAUUUGCAUUUAAAGGACACAGUCUUAGGGAAACAAAUAUUAUAAUAAACAACUGUCAAAGAAUAUAUUAAAGAAAAGAGUAAAAAAAAGUGACAAUUGCAUACAAUUUGUGAUUUAAAGACACAUUAGCAGAAAAAAAGAAAAAAAUGUCUUUGUCCUGAUUCACUACUGUUAAGAUGCAUGGGCAGAGGAUUUAGAUCUACUCACGUGGCUUUCUUUUUCCAUUGAUCUGGGAGGCUGUAGGAGACCUCUGCUGUAAAGAGCGUGUAGUUUAAAAGAAAAAGAAGAAAAAAAAACUGGCUGUCAUUCGCUUGUCCCUUCAUACGGAGGUGAGGGUGGGGGAGGGUGGUGGGUAACUUUUUACAUUUUUCUUUUAACCUCAGUUUUGUUUUUGUUGUUCCUCUCAUGAUGCUGUUUGUCUAAGAGAAGCAGCUGAUUAGCCCCCUAAUUAGACAAACCCUUUCUGGCAAACUACAAACUCCUCCCCUUUUAGAAGGCCUAGAAGGAAAAAAGGUAAAAAAAAAAACAAAAAAAAACAUCGCUUUGCUUUUUAAAAACGUAAAAACAGUUACUACACAUGACGCAAAAAUUGUUGACUUUGGCAAUGGUUAGAUUAAAUUAACAUGGAAUAGCCUUCCACCAUCACGUUAACUGUUGUGACCGCUGAUCGUGUAGACUCUAACAUAGGCUUUUACUCUCUCUCUCUUUUCUUUUUCUUUCUUUUUUGACCGCAGACGUAAAGGCGAGAUUGUACCAUGAGUUUUAGUUUAACAAUUCUGUUAUCGUAUUCGGUGUUAGUAUUUUAUUUUUAUCUUUCUUGCCAUCGCUGUGCUAAUUUCACUCUCUAAACUCCAUCAAUGGUGUGCGCUUUCUUCUGUGUCUGUCACAGUCCGGUGCAUCGAGAUUCAUUUGCCUGUUUGUUCCCUCUAGCCUUUUUUUUGCAAAACAUAGGUUGAGUUGGGACUGGUGGUGUGACGGUGAGGUCUUUUUUUUGGGGUGGGUGGGGUGUGUGCAGGAGCAGACUGUGAUCAAUGAAUGCUUUAUCUCCAUUUCCAUGAUUGGUCUUUGGUUUGACAUGUCUCAAUUCACUGUAUGUAAAUUCCUUCUUUCUAAAGGGGAGAAUGAUUUCCUGCUUUCUGAAUGACAUGAAAACAGUCCACAUACUUUUGUUCUUUCUGUAAAUAAAAUCUGUUGAUUAAUAA